AUGCCACGUAUUAAGGGCACGCCAAAACAAAAGGAGUCAUCACUUCCCACGGUGUUCACAAGCAUCGACACAACCACUGCAUUACAGACAGUGGUAUCAUCAAGUAGUUGUGAUACCCCAGCAGCGGUUGCCAAUCCACUUCAAGCAUUUGCCCUGAUCUCGAAGGUAAUGGAGACUAGUAAAUUUUCGAUCUUUUCAGCACUUGACUCCACCACAGACCAGAUUCUUCCCCCAAUUGGCUUCGAAAACCCUGGUUCAUCACCCUCCACUCUAUUCUUUCUUCCUGAAAGGGUGACCUCCCAACCAGUGAGGGAUCGGGAUCGAGAAAUAGUCACUUGUAGUACCUGCCAGAAGUCGAUGCGUCGAGGUAGCCUUCGUGAGCACAUGGAUCGACAUGAAAACAGUGGCAAAUUUGAGUGUGAAUUGUGUGGCAAGAACUUCAGCCGUGCUAGUGCGCGUGAGAAGCACAUUCGAACGCAUACGGGCGAAAGGCCCUUUAAGUGUGACCUCUGUCCAAAGGCGUAUAGACAGAAGGUUCAUCUAAACGAACACAUGCGAUCACAUUCGGGUGAAAGGCCGUUUGUUUGCCGACUUUGUGGAUUUUCACUUGCCUCAAAGUCCCUCCUCAACCGUCAUUUACGCACUCAUGGUGUUAGAAGUGGGGCUAAUGACGCUCCUGGCAUGUGGCUACGCACCGACGCACCAAAAUCACAGGUUCUAGCAGCUGCCGGAGUUGUUGGAAGGUCUAUCGAUGCCGAGAUUCGCUUCAAGGGAGAACUGGCAGAUGAUGAGGAGGAUUCAGAAACUUUACACGUCACAGCGUUGAAUGCAAUGGCAACCGUGGCGGCGUUGGGACGGAAACAUUUGUGUCCAGAGUGUCCAGCCGGUUUCCCUACUAUUCAGGCUCUGAGGUCACAUCGAGUUACCACGCAUGGCUUGGUUAUAGAACACGUCUGCGAGACUUGUAGAGCUACAUUCAGUUCGAAGAAGGCAUUGAAAAUACACUUGCGAACAGAGCACCCACAGGUGAAAUUGAUUUGCUACUACUCUUACUCAAGUAAACAAAAUGUAAUCCAGUGGAUUUUGGUAUUUCAGAUAUGCCCUUUGUGCGAGCAGGUGAUGCCGCAGCGUCGAAAGUGGGUUUUGGAAGUGCAUAUUCGCGAGAACCACCCAGGAAUCUCCGCAGACUCGUUGAUUGGGCCUUCCCCUUUGACAACUGCAGUGACGCUGAGCGGUGGAAAGCGAGAGGGCUUGCGCGAGGAGAAAAGAACCUCCAAGUGUAGUAGAACAGCACCGAAUAACGCGUCUGGCAACAUGGUAACCGUGGAUGAUCCAACAGAACAAGAUUCUGCAAACAUCACUAAAGGAGGUCUCUCUGAGUGCGCCUCCGAUGGAGAAGAAUGUGAAGGUUCCUUGAUGAUCACCCUGGAUAAUUUCAAUACCUUGGAAAAUGACGGGGAUGAUCAUGAGGCCCCAUCGCCAGUCUUUAAGCUGCAUUUCGAGCCAAUCUCGAGACAUGUAGACUCGAAUAUGCCAAUUCGGCAAGCUUGUAAUAUAUGUAGUGGUGAAAGUGGGUAG